AUGGUGACCACCCCCAUCGAGUAUCAGCUGAUCGAGGGGCAGAACGUCACAUUAAACAAGAUCCGAGAGAUGGCCCACCGGAAUCAACUCGCACAAAGCAAGACACCAGAGGGGGUCAGUGAGUCUGUGACUCACUCCCAGCUGCAAUUGGAGCUGGUGGGCGUGCAGAGCUCCCUGUUCUAUUUGGGCCUGGAGCUGGAGGCCAGCCAGAGGAGUCUCAGUCAGAGUCAGAGACAAGAUGACGAUCUGGCCCGCUUCAAAGACAGACUGAAUGCUGACCUCCAGGAGGCGCUGCAGCAUAAGGAAGAGACUGAAAAAGACAAUCAGGACCUGCGUUGCGCACUUCAGAAAACCCGCGCCGAGCUCAGGGCUAAGGAAGAAGCUCUGAAGGAAGUCGAGGCAGAGAGGCUCUCCGCGGCGCAAGAAAAAGACAUGAGCAUUGCACAGCUCAAUCACUCUCUGCGGGAGAAGGAGCGACAGUUACAGGAGUACUCACAAAUGUUCGAGACACCAGAAAGUCCCAAACCAAGAGAUGCACUUGUUGAGAAAUUAAGAGAGCGAAUUAAAGACAGAGAAAGAGCUUUGGAGCGCACCAUCGAUGACAAGUUCCGCUGCCUGGAUGAACGUGAGGGUCAAGUGAGGACACUGCAGCUGGCGCUACGGGAAAAAGACCGAGACCUGUACAGGCUCCGCUGCAUCCUGUCUAACAACGAGGAGACCAUCACGAGUCUCGAUGUUCUGGUGCAAAGGAAAGAGCUGGAGGUGGAGCAGGCGGCCGAAGCCUACAGAAACCUUCAGUGGCUGAAACAGGCCAGUGAAGAAAAGGAGAGCAGAACUUUCAGGGAGAAGGACGCCAUCAUUGGCCAGCUGCAAGCAGCGCUGCAGGCUCUCAGCAAGGAGAUACAGGAUCUGACGGCGACCCUGGUCGCCAGAGUUCAGGCCGGCCCCACCGACGUGGUGGAGGAGCUGAAGGCUCGGCUCCAGCUGCAGGAGAAGCUCUUCCAGGAGCUGCUGUCAGACCGCAGCCGCCAAUCGAUUGAACACCAAACGCGGCUUUCGGACUUGCUCAACACCCUCGCUGACAAAGACCAGUACCUGCAGGACAAUUCGUACAGGCUGUCCUUGGUUAUAAGCGAGCGCACAGGUCAGCUGCAGGAGGUGCGCAGGCAGCUGUCCAAGGGAGAGCAGGAACUGUGCGAGCUGAGGCGGGACAAAGAGAGGCAGACGGCCGGAGACGUGCAACACCUGCAAGGUCUUCUCCGAGAGAAAGAAGCCUUUUUUAAGGAGAUGAUGCAGAACCAAGAGGAAGUCAUGAUGCGGCCGCCGUCUCCAGAGAGUGAAGAAGACGUGAAGGCCCUUCGGGAAGAGCUGCAGUUAAUGCUUAAGAAGGAGAGGGAAGCCCAGAAAGAACUCUCUGCUCUGCGUUCGUCUUUGGUUGCCCAGCAAGCAAAGGGAGCAGCAACAGCAAGUACCGAGCAUGUGCUGGAGCAGCUCGUCUUGGAGUACCGUCAGUUGAAUGGUGCCCUGAGGACCGAGAAGAGACUCUACCAGAAUCUCAUUCACACCAAUAGCGACAGCUCGGACAAGGUCUUGGCCCUCCACACUCAGCUGGACUCGGUUCAGGCACUCCGCGGGCAACUGGAGGAGGUCCUGACCCGGAUUCAGAACAUGGCCCUGGACCUGGAAAGGGCCACCAAAAGGCAGCGUGACUUAGGAGAUGUCAGCACCGAAGAGGGCGUGGAGGAAAAUGAAGGCUGGGUGUCCGACACCCAGGCGACUUUUUCUGCGUCCAAACCCAGUCGCGAGCUGCAGGAGCUGAUGGCACGAGUGGCCUCCUUGGAGGCCCAAUUGAGCAGCUCCAAGUUGGAGGGGAAGUGCGAAGCAGAGCAGGGGAAAUGUGCCACAUGGCCUGGAAAGUACAACUCUCUCUUCCAGGCCCAAGCUCGUGAGCUCUCCCACCUGAGGCAGAGGAUGAGAGAGGGUGAAGGAGUCUCCCAUAUCCUCACACAGCAUCUGGCUGACACCACCAAGGCUUUUGAGGAGCUGCUGCGGGCCAACGAUGUUGACUACUACAUGGGGCAGAGCUUUCGAGAGCAGCUUUCACAAAGCACCGCGCUAGCUCAGAGACUGCUCAUCAAGCUGACUGGACGAGUGGAAAGCCCCGUUGACAAGACAGGCCACGAGUUGCUGGCCAUGCAGCUUAGCAAGGAGCUUCAGCAGAAAGACCAAAUCAUCGAGUCUCUGCACAACAAGCUGCAGCAUCGCCCUGAGACGCCAUCCAGCUGCCAAGCCCUCUCGGAGACCACCGACCCAUCAGACAGGACUUCCUUGGUGUCCGACGAGUGUCAAACCAACGAAGACCUGGAUCUGUGCUCCGAGUUAGACGCCGGAGACUAUCGGGACCAGGAUGAGCAGCGACAAUCCGAACCGGAUGCCCAUUCAUCGAUCCCUCCUCCUUCUCGUGGACACCUCCAAUCAUCUUUCAGCUGUCCGGGAAUGCUUUUCUCAGCCUCUGGGGGUUUAACCGCUCCGUCCUUGAAAGGCUACAGCCAGCUACCUCAUCAUGCCUUUCCGCAGUACCAGCUGGGCGGCAUUCUCGAGAGUCACUCACUAAAGUCGGGCUCGGGGCCAAAUUUAAUUGAAGAGCACCUACGGGAGGUGCGAUGUCUUCGCCAGCGCCUGGAAGAGUCCAUUCGGACCAACGAAAGGCUCCGACAGCAGCUGGAGGAAAAAUUAGCAAACCCUGGGCGCGACGGAGGAGCAGCUACAAACAUCUAUAUUCAAGGGUUGGACACAGUCACACAUCUGUCGAAUGAAAUCCGAGUCCUGACAGACGAGAACUUGAAUCUGCAGUCCCGUCUACAGGCCAGCACAGACUCGUGCGAGGAGCUGAUCGAAGCACGCGCCCGCCUCAAGCAAGCCGAACUGGAAGCUGAUCAGUGGAAGGAGGAGUUGAGACGACUUCAGACACACAGUGAGGAGCAGGGACGGCAGAUUCUCGCCUUGAGGCAAGCCGGUCAGGAGAGAAUCAACAGAGCGCAGCACGAGGCGUCUCUACUGCAGCAGCAGUUGUGUGAGAGCAGAGACCUCAUCCACUCCCUGCAGAACGAACUGCACGUCUACGAUCGCGCGUGCUCCAGCUUCAAAUCCAACAAAGGCUUCCUGUGCGAAGCUCCUGGCCUGCCCGCGGAGUCGGCGGAGCUACUGAGCGAGGUGAGGAGUCUGCGGGCCCAGCUGCAGAGCAGCAUCCAGGAGAAUAGCGCCUUCAAGCAGCUGGAGCUCCACAAGCAGCUGGAGCAAAAACUGGGCGCCGGCUCCCCUCGCACGCCGUCCCUGUCGGCCUUCGGCGCCAGCCCUCAGAGGGAAAACGUCUACAGGCGACAGCUGCUGCACGACCCGGCCCCUUCUCCACCUGUCAGGGACAUUGGUCUCUUUAACUGUGGAUCUCUGCCCCCCUACUCGGACCUGGAUGACAACCAUAGCGCCGCCAACGACCCCCUCGACCCGCACGCUGAGCUGGAAGGCGACGCCCCCGAUGGCUCGUUCGCCAACCGUUACGGCCGCCACGCCGUCGGUCACGUGGAUGACUUUAACGCUCUCCAGCAACAAGUCCUUGAAGGUCGCAGCAUCGUGCAGCGCAUGGAGGCAGCGUUGCGCCCGCGCCUGCGCUCUCCUCCACCGUUAGGAGCCGCCCAGAAACAAAACAAUGAGCAGCUCUUGGAUUACGGCAAUGUCCCGAGUCUCUUGUCCAACACGAAGACCCUGAGGCAGAUUCUGGAGGAGGCGGCGUCCCUGCUGAAGAUGUUCUGGAGGGCGGCGCUGCCCAGCGCCGACGCCGCCACGCCGAACCUGAAGAAGGAGCAGUCGAUGCAAGAGGAGAUCUUGUCCCUCAAGCUGCGCGUGUCUGAGCAGGAGGAGGUACUGAAGGGGACGAUUCAAAGGCUGAGGAGCACCAGUCGCACCAAGGAGAGCAUGGAGCAUUUCAUCGUGAACCAGCUGUCAAGGACUCGGGAUGUUUUGAAGAAAGCAAGGACAAACUUGGAGAAGAACGAGCUGAGACUUUCCUCUCUAAGCUCCUCGUCUUCCGCUCCCUACGCCGCUGAGGAGCCAGGAGGUGAUGCCAGAGAGCAACCUGCUAAUGUCCGGGGCUUGACGACUGACGGAGUCAAAGCCAACCAGCACUCUGCUGCCAGGAAGCGCACCAGCCGAUGCUUGCUUUAGACCCCGAACAACCGGACUCAAUGCUACGGACCUCCACAUUUAAAAUCACUAAGACCUGCUCAGUCCCCUAAACCUCUGUCUUCAACCAGGCCUUACCAAACUCCCUUCAGCGUCCCCAAACUCCUCAAAAGCGCAGUCAGUGUUAUUCUUUGAGUGGAGCUGUCAGCAAUGUGUAUGAAAGAAGGCGUGUGAAACGUGUACCUGGUGGUUGCAGUGACAAGCCGGAUUGGAACGGCUUGAAGACGCCCCCGAAACG